AACCCUCGAUUCGGUGAGCUCAAGCGCCACCCUACCUUCACCGCCUCACGGUCUACGGCUUGAGGUCUGCGCCUCGGCGUCGUCGCCUACUCAUAAACCUACUUGCUGCCGAAGGCAAGCAACUGCCUUCCUCAUCUCCUUCCUCUCCUCUCUGUCCCGUCUCUCAUGGCAUCGGGUGGAUCUUCUGGACGGCCAGCCGCAUCGGGCUCUAGAUCGUUCGAUUUCGGCUCCGAUGACAUCCUGUGCUCCUACGACGAUUUCGCCGCCCAGGACACUUCGAUUGGGAAGCGAUCGGAUCCCCCUGGGAAGGAUCUCCAUGAGAAUAGCAUGGGAAGACCAUUACUCAGUAUCUAUGAACAAGACGAGUAUUCCAGGGAAGGUGUAUUAUCUUCUGUCGAGAAAUGCAUGAAAAAGUAUGCUGAUAAUAUACUCCGAUCUCUUGAUGGUGUUAGCGGGCGUUUGUCACAAUUGGAGAUAGUUUGCUACAAACUUGAACGAUCUGUCAGUGAGCUUCGAGCUGAUUUUAUUCAUGAUCAGAGUGAAAAAGAUGUGAAAUUCAAGUCUCUGGAGAAGCAUCUUCAAGAAGUGCAUAGAUCUGUUCAAAUUCUGAGAGAUAAGCAAGAACUUGUUGAAACUCAAAAGGAAUUAGCCAAACUUCAAUUAGUUCAGAAAGAAUCUACAGAGAAGAAUGAGAAUGCUAAUGCUCGAGCAGCAUCAGAGCCAAAAAGCCAGAACGACAAACCUGACACUGGAAACCAACAACUGGCACUUACUUUACCUCGUCAAACUGUUCCAACAGUCCUUCCCGCUGGAAAUUCUCAGCCAGUCCAGCAAUACAAAGAACUAGCUAUGCCCCAGCAAGCACCUGUGCCCCCCAAUGUUCAACAAGACCAAAUUAUGACUAGCCAAGCUGCCAAUUACUAUGGUCAGCAUCUAACAGUUCUUCAAGAUCAACGCAAUCAACCUGUCCAGCCUGAGCAGCAGUACAUGCAGCCGAGAUCCCAGCUUCAGGACAGACCCAUUCAGGCACCGCCACAGCUACCUGUAAAUCAGAACCAACCUCCAUCUUUUCCUCAAUACUUCCAACAACUGCCUCCACAGACAGAUCAGCAGCUGCCACAACAAACUGCUGCACAGGCUCAAAUCAGACCACCUCCACCAUCAUAUACCUCUUACCCAUCUCAGCCUGUGAAUCCCGCGCCUGAAAUGUUUCCUAGCAGCAUGCCUAUGCAGGCUCCUAAUCCAGCAAUUCCACAGCCUGGAGGGAUACGCCCCGAAGCUUUUGCAUAUGGUUAUGGAGGGACAGGCAAUUCGGUGUCACAGCCAUCUCCACCUUUGCAUCAUGGCAUGCAACAGUCAAUGCAGCCUCCGGUCAGCCAGAGCUCCUUUGGGCCACAGCUAGGCAAGGGUGGUGGGUACAUGGGCAAUGCACCUUAUCCACUGCCAUCGCACAAUAUACAAGGCUACAACACAGCCUACAGCUAUCCACCAAGCAACCUUCCAUCUGCUAGGAACCAGUACGACACCCAGUUCAUCCGCAAUCACCCCUAUGGAGAAAUGAUUGAGAAAGCUAUCAGCAUGGGAUUCGAUAAGAUUCAGGUUGUAAGCGUUGUCCAGCGGAUGAGUGACAGUGGGCAGCCGAUGGAUUUUAAUGCUCUGCUCGAUAGAUUGAAUGGACAAUCUGGUGGGAUUUCUGCAAGAGCAUGGUGAGAAUAAAUGGUAGGCGCUUGCUUCUGUUUUUUUUAAUCAAUGUCUCCUGUACAUUAAUAAUCUCACUGAGUUCAUGGCGUUGUAGAUACGAUUUCUAUUCUUAAUGUCUGAACCUUUAUCAA